AUGUCCCACGAGGAAGAUCUCAUCGACUACUCCGAUGAGGAGAUCGGCGGCAACGAGACCGCCGCCACCACCUCGAACGGCAAGAAGGGCGAGCUCGCCGCCGGCAACAAUGUCGACAAGAAGGGCAGCUACGUCGGUAUUCACUCGACCGGUUUCCGCGACUUCCUGCUCAAGGCCGAGCUCCUUCGCGCCAUUGCCGACUGCGGUUUCGAACAUCCAUCGGAGGCGUCCGUCCAUCUCGCAAGCAAGCAAGAAGAAAUGGCCAUUUUCUCCUACAAAUCGUCGUCGUUGUCGGAGGAGGUUCAGCAGGGACCUGAGAUGGUCCGAGUAUCCGGGCGGAAGCAGACCACGGUCCAACAAACUUGUAUCCCUCAGGCACUUCUCGGCGGUGACAUCAUCUGCCAAGCCAAGUCCGGUCUGGGAAAGACGGCCGUCUUUGUCCUCGCGACCCUUCAACAGGUUGAGCCUGUGAACGGAGAGGUCUCGGUUGUUGUCAUGUGCCACACCCGUGAGCUGGCCUACCAGAUUCGGGACGAGUACAACCGCUUCAGCAAGUACAUGCCUGACAUCAAGACUGGUGUGUUCUACGGCGGUACUCCCAUCAAGACGGAUGUCGAGACCUUGAAGAACAAGGAGACUUGCCCUCACAUUAUUGUCGGCACUCCUGGUCGUCUUAAGGCCCUUGUCCGUGACAAGGCUCUGCGCCUUGGCAGCGUCCGCAUUUUCGUCCUCGAUGAGUGCGACAAGAUGCUUGACCAGCCUGACAUGCGUACCGAUGUUCAGGAUGUGUUCCGCGCCACUCCUCAGCAGAAGCAGGUCAUGAUGUUCUCUGCUACUCUGUCUGAGGAGGUCAAGCCCAUCUGCCGAAAGUUCAUGCAGAACCCUACCGAGCACUACGUCGAUGAGGACACCAAGCUCACCCUCCACGGUCUCCAGCAGUACUACAUCAAGCUGGAGGAGAAGGAGAAGAACCGCAAGCUCAACGAGCUCUUGGAUGAUCUGCAGUUCAACCAGGUCAUCAUUUUCGUCCGCAGCACCGUCCGUGCUACCGAGCUUGACAAGCUACUCCGGGAAUGCAACUUCCCUUCGAUCGCUGUUCACUCGGGUGUCAGCCAGGAGGAACGUAUCCGUCGCUACAAGGAAUUCAAGGAGUUCAAGAAGAGAAUCUGCGUUGCUACUGACGUCUUCGGCCGAGGUAUUGAUAUUGAGCGUAUCAACCUCGCCAUCAACUACGAUCUUUCAAACGACGCCAGCUCGUACCUUCACCGAGUCGGUCGUGCCGGCCGUUUCGGUACCAAGGGUCUGGCCAUCUCUUUCGUCAGCACCGAUCAGGACCAGGAGGUGCUGAAGGAGAUUGAGAAGCGAUUCGAGGUCGCCCUUCCUGAAUUCCCCAAGGAGGGUGUUGAUGCCAGCACUUACAUGGCUUCCUAG